AUGGAAUUCCGGCUAGGUUCCUGUCGUCUGCAUGUCAGCCAUUUUAAGUUGUGUGAACAUGGAAACAUUUUUGCUCUGUGGUUUUUGAAAGUUUUCCUAUUGCUUUCUGUAUCUAAACUAGGCCAACAAGAAACGAAGUCCUCAUUUUCGCCUCAUCGCCGUCUUCAUCUUUGCCUCUUCGCCUUCGCCUUCGCCUUCGUCUUCGCCUAUUCGCCUCUCCGCCUUCGCCUUCGCCUAUUCGCCUCUCCGCCUUCGCCUAUUCGCCUCUCCGCCUUCGCCUAUUCGCCUCUCCGCCUUCGCCUAUUCGCCUCUCCGCCUUCGCCUAUUCGCCUCUCCGCCUUCGCCUCUUCGCCGUCUUCGCUUCUUCGCCGUCUUCGCCGUCUUCGCCUCUUCGCCGUCUUCGCCUCUUCGCCGUCUUCGCCUCUUCGCCGUCUUCGCCUCUUCGCCUCUUCGCCUCUUCGCCUACGUCUCUUCGCCGUCUUCGCCGUCUUCGCCUUCGUCUCUUCGCCUUCGCCUCAUCACCGUCUUCGCCUUCGCCUCAUCACCGUCUUCGCCUUCGCUUCAUCGCCAUCAUCUCACUGCCUCGUCGCUGCCUACGUCUUCACCUCAUCGCCAUCGUUCGCCUGUGACCAACAACGAUGGAACAGUCGAAUCCAAGAAAAAACUCAUAGCGAUAGAACGUGACUUCGCCGCGGAACUUCCCGGAUACUGUUUUGUUUUGUAUUUCUGUAUGUUGUGUUGUAUUGUUAACCCGUUGGCUGCCACCCCGUUUUCUUCCAUUUUUUUUGUAGCUUUUAGGGACCGGGCGCUGUUCUCCCCAUGGCCAUGGGGGGAACAGUCGCCAAUGCGCCUAAAGGCCUCGUGCCUUUAGGCGCGCGUAGGCAAUGCACCAGCAGGGCCUUCUCCUUUUCGGCACGGUGAUAGAAAGCCGGGGGUGUGCAUUCCCAUAAUGGCCUCUAUCACCGUGCCAGCCCGGACUUGUCUUCGGACAAGUCCCCCCUUGGUCGGGAUCCUUCAGACGCGACAAGUAGCUACUGUAGUUGAAGCAACCUACGGGUUGCGUGGGCAACGGCAGCCAACGGGUUAACAAGUU